CAGUUGCUGCUUGGUUUUCCUGGCAAAAUGCUUUAUUGUUGCUAUGGGAAUAGCCUUAGCGCUGUUACAGAGUCAGAAUGACUCCUGGCUGUCUAGCGGGAGAUCUGUUACACCACAUUUGUGGACAUUGAGAAAUGAGUUGGAUUGCCAGAAUUUAAGCUCCCAAGAAGAUGAGCGACCUAUGUCACCCUUCUAUGUGAGUACCCACGUAUCACAAGUCAGUAGCAACGUUCCUGCUACAGGAGAGUAUUUAGAGAAGACAAUCCGUUCAGCCGUGGAGCAGCAUCUCUUUGAUGUUCAUGGCUCAGGCGGCCAGAGUUCAGAGGACUCUGAAUCCGGGACGUCUUCAGCCUCUUCUAAUGUGUCUGCCAGGCAGAGGAGGCGACAACACAAAGAGCAGGAGGAAGCCCGGAGAAACAGAGACAUGGAAGUUGUCAACAAGGAAAACAUUCCCUCUGGAUUCAGCAGUCUUGAAGACUGUAUUCUAGCUGCUCAAGAUGUAGAAAAAUUACAAGACACCAGCUCCGGAUACCUUAGUGAAAGGAAUAAAUCAAAACGUCAGAAAUCCAGCACCAAGCUUUCAGAGCUUAAUGACAACCAGGACAGUCCUGUGAGUACGGAAAGCUUUAGCUCUUCCAAACCUAUAGACAGACCAGCUGAUGACAUGGAAAUUUUAUUUGAAGAAAGCAAAGAAAGUGAAAACGAUGAGGUUUUUUUCAAGCAUUCUCAGCUGACUUCAAGCAUGAAGAUUCAAGAGCAUCCAAGCAUGCCUGAAAACAAGUUGCAAAGAAAUCAAGAUGCUGAUGAUCAGGAAAACAGCUUUGUAUCUGAAGUGCCUCAGCUGGAUUUAACAUCACUGUGCGAUGACAGCAACUGGGAAGAGCCCAUCCCUGCUCUCUCCUCAUGGCAGCGAGACGGCUUAGACUCAGAUGAGGCUCACCUUUCCCCGCAGGCCGGGCGCUUGAUUCGCCAACUGCUGGAUGAGGACAGUGAUCCCAUGCUGUCCCCUCGAUUCUAUGCCUAUGGACAGAGCCAGCAGUACCUGGAUGAUACAGAAGUGCCUCCUUCUCCUCCCAAUUCUCAUUCCUUCAUGAGGAGACGGAGUUCCUCUUUAGGAUCUUACGAAGAUGACAGAGAAGACCUUACCCCUGCACAACUCACCCGGAGGAUUCAAGGGCUGAAGAAAAAGAUCAGGAGAUUUGAGGACAAAUUUGAAGAGGAGAGGAAAUACAGACCUUCCCACAGUGACAAAGCAGCCAACCCUGAAGUGCUCAAAUGGACAAAUGAUUUGGCCAAAUUCCGAAAGCAACUUAAAGAGUCAAAGCUGAAGAUAUCAGAGGAAGAUCUUGGCCCUGUUGUGCGCCAACGCAGCAACACACUCCCCAAGAGCUUUGGCUCUCAGCUGGAGAAGGAGGAUGACAAGAAACAAGACCUGUCAGAUAAAUCUGCCCAGCCUGCAGUGGAAGUGACCUUCGACUCCAUCCAGAAGAAGCUUCAAGAGAAAAGAGCAGAGACAAAUCGACCUGAAGACAUUAAGGACAUGACACGAGACCAGAUAGCAGCUGAAAAAGUGGCUCUUCAGAAAGCUUUGCUCUAUUAUGAAGGCAUUCAUGGCAGACCAGUUACCAAAAAUGAGCGGCAGGUGAUGAAGCCGUUGUAUGACAGGUAUCGCUUGAUCAAACAGAUCCUCUCCAGAGUCAACACCAUCCCUAUUAUUGGUUCCCCCUCCAGCAAGCGGAGAAGCCCUUUGCUGCAGCCAAUUAUCGAGGGCGAAACAGCUUCCUUCUUCAAGGAGAUAAAGGAAGAAGAGGAGGGGUCUGAGGAGGACAGCAAUGUGAAGCCGGAUCUCACAAUUACCAUAAAAACAGAUUUCAGUGUGCGCAGCUUCUUGGAUCAACUAGAAGAUGAUGCUGAUGGCUUUGUUUCCCCAGUGGAUGAUAAGAUGCCAACUAGGAGCAGUCAGGAUAUGGGGAUUUCAAAUCUCCACGAAGCAUCCAUCCCUGAACUGUUAGAGCAGCUCCAAGAAGUCAGGGAAGAGAAAAAGCGAAUCAGAAAAAAAUUGAGAGACUUUGAAGAUAACUUUUUCCAACAAAAUGGAAGGAAUGUGCAGAAAGAAGACCGCACUCCCAUGGCUGAAGAGUACAAUGAAUACAAGCAGGUUAAGGCCAAGCUGAGGCUGCUGGAAGUUCUGAUCAGUAAGAGAGAUAUUAGCUCCAAGAUCAUGUAAAGGAGGAGAUUGUUUUUGCCAAUAAACAAAGAGGAGAGAGCACCAAACGGACAAAUGCAUGAAGUGAAUGCAGUGGGAGCCUGACUGGGAGAGCUGAGGAGCUCCCUGGGAACUGAAGGGUCAUUCCCAGAAGUGGGAGAGGGAGGAAAGGUGGAUUUCUCUAACUCUCUACAUUUGCUGUUGCCCAUGGUUUCUCCGGGCCUGAUGCCCAAAAUGGAGUUUACCAGUGUAGGAGGCACAACACUGCGCUUAGUUACUGCACUGAAGCGAUCCUUCUGUAUUGAUUUGCUUGCAGAUCCUGUAAUAUUUAGAAUAUCAAAGCCAGCCAUGCUGUUCUUUUUUCCCAGGAUAUUAUAGCAAGAAGCAGAAUAGGAUUAAUAGUACUGAAAUCAUCAAAUAGCUUCUACUUCAGCUGAACAGACAAGUGCCCUGACCAAUCUCAUGUUAAGGCACACGUCAGGCAGCACCAAGACUGUUCUCUUGUAGCUACAGUAAAGAUUUGCUCAGAUUUUUGACCA